AUGGUCUUUCGGACCUGUUCUUUGACGCUGGGGCCCUCGCCAGGCGACGGGCAGGAGCUGCCGUACCCCUCUGUGCUCUUCGUUUUGGAAGGUGUCUGCAGUCUUUCUUGCAAGACGUCCUGUUGGCAGGUAUCUGCGGGUGGAAUCGCGAGCAUCGCUGAAGCCACCGCCGCUAUCAGCGCUGUGGAUACAACGCGCGUCUGGCUGUGCACGAUCCCCUCAGCGUCCGGUGGAAGACUCCGGCUCUUCGCCGGCACUGGCCCCGGGCACUCUUCCCAGCGCCCCACCCGCAGAUGGUGUGAAGGGCGUCUGAAGGAUGCGGUUUAG